GAAGCUUCAGCGCAAGUUGGUUGAAGAUGACGGAAGCCAAGAAGUCCAAGGUCAUCUUCGGCGACGCAUGGCCCGACGAGGUCGUGGGCUACGUCGCCGAGUACCUCGACCACAACGACCUCCAUGCGCUCGAGGCCACGUGCCGGUGCUUCCAGCGCCACACGCGCGAUGGCGGCUACUGGCGGCAGUCGGUCGUCAAGGCCGUGAGCUUCCCGCGCCCGCCCCGUACGACCUGCAACAUUCAAGACUGGAAGGCCUUUGCGUGCGCCAACCAUUUGAUGGUCGGCAACAAGACGGACAGCAUUUCGCUUCUCCACGACGUGGCCGGGUACUCGUCGGUCGACCGCGAAAAGGAAGAGAGCGCGGACAACACGCUCCAUCCGUCGCUUUGCUUUCGCGAAAUGGUCAAGUACAAGGAUCCGGGCGUCCGCGAGUUUGCCAACGACAGGUCGCUCUUUGACUAUACGAUUCAACGGCUGGUCUGCGGCUGCUCGAUGGGCCAGUGCUACUGGAGCAGUGGGCCAAGCCGCGACCCCAACAGCGACGAGUUCAUCGACUACAUGGUCCGCGGCUCGUGCAUCCUAAAGGGCCUGCAAAUCGUGCCCUACCGCGCGUCGUGGCAACUCGGGCAGCCCACGUACGCACCGCGGCAGGUGUCGCUGUCGAUCCUGUCGACGGCCGACGCGGUCGUGUACUCGUCACCGCGGUACGACAUUAAGAACGCCAUGGAGCUGCAGUGCUUUGAGCUGCCGCAGUGUGUGUUCUUGCAAGACUUGGCAUGGCGCGUCCGCUUCUCGCUGCACGGCAAGCACCAAUAUCAGCUCGACGACGACGAGCAAGAGGGCGACGCCGACAUCCCCGAGGACCGCCGGCAGUACUAUUGCUGCAUGAGCUUCAUCAGCCUCAACGGCGUACUGCAUUGAAAAGGUGUAUUCUUUGGUAUGCAACAAGUAUAUUCCCACGUUUCGAUGUCUC